AUGAUCUCCGCUACCACCGAGCAACCAGACUUUUCUUCGCCUGAUCUCAUGCAGCAGGCCUCUCAGCAGCAGCAGCAACAACAACAACUUCAUCACCACCACCAGCAACAACAACAACAACAACAACAACUCCCUCAUCUAAUCAAUAACAAUAUUCCAAUAAACCCCGUAAUUAAUCCUUACCCUAUGGCUUCUCACGAUGCAGUACCAAAUAAUAUAACUAACUCUGCUACAAAUACUACUAAUUCACCUCCAGUGAAACCUCCACGAAAAAAACGAGCUCCAAAUGGCUCAGGAUCAAUCAAACGCGAACAAAAGGAAUCCGCAAAAAAUAAACGACAAAAGGUCGCAGCAAAUCAAGGUGUAGUGGAUCCCUUCAUGGCUUUCCCUGGACCAUCAAAUCAACCACAUUCCUCUCCAUCACUACAACCACAACAAUACCCUUCCUCUCAACAACUCUCUCCUCAAUCUGCAUCUACAACAUCUGUUCAAGCCCCAUCUGCUACCCCAACGGCUCCAUUCCGUCCAGCAGUCAUUGGAGUUGCACGCUCCAUUUCGGCAUGUCAUCGUUGCCGUAUGCGCAAAACCCGCUGUGAUCAAAAAUUCCCCUCAUGUAAUGCUUGUCUAAAGGCUGGCGUCGAAUGUGUAGGUAUAGAUGCAGCCACUGGCCGUAAAAUCCCCCGCUCUUAUGUCUCGCAUCUAGAAGAUCGCAUUGCUACUCUUGAACGACAGCUCCAAGAGACAAAGAGUGCAGGAUUUGGUCCCAUGUCUUCACCAUCAACAAAUGGGUCGCCCUCAAUAACACCCGUCAAUAACAAUAUUCAUUCCUUAGAUACCUCCCAAGCAUUACCUCCUGCGUCUGUCUCUUCAUCUUCCAUGAAUUCUAUCCACUCACUUUUAAAUGGCUCUGAACAAGGCAUUGAACAAAAUCAAUCUGUUUCUAAAAAUUCAUUUUCCCCCUCUUCCUCUUCUUCACCCACCAAUAACACAAAUAAUAUCCAGCAAUUAGACACGUCCAAUGGAAGCGCUAAGGCUAUUCUCCCCACAGCAACUACUGCGGCUGUGCCAACUGCCGCUGCCGCUGCUACUACUACUACUGCUGCAUCCUCUUCUUCAUCUGGUGCUGCACCGGGUUCCACAUCCCCCAAGGGUUCAAAAGUUGACUCCACUGGAGUCGAAGGCCUUAUGUCCACUGUCAAAAUGGUCUCCUCCAAAGCAGCAACGUCUGCACCCUCUGCUUUUCUUGGUUCGUCUUCCGGCCUUUCUUUUGCCCGUCUCUUGUUGACUGCAAUCAAGUUUAACGCAAAUGCAAACGGCCCGGACCAUAACCAACCAAAUAAUAACGCCCAAAACCUAUCAAGUAACGCGACAGAAGACCAAACAGCAGCUGCCGCUGCUGCCGCUGCUGCCGCAGCAAAUGCAACUGCAACAGCUAACACUACCGACUCUUCUUCAACAAGUUCUGCACCCUCAACAGUCCCACCCUCCAGUACCCAAUUGAAGAUUGGAACCCACAAGGUUCAGCCCGCUUCACUUCCUUCAAAAGAAACUGCAGAAAAAUUUCUUUAUCUCUUUUUCUCUCAAGCAAACUCUCAGCUCCCCGUAAUCCACCGUGAACAGUUCCUCACAAACCACUUCAUUCCCAUAUAUGGGCCCCUCUCGGAGGGAACCUCUCUCGCAUCUGACUAUACCACAAUUGGCGUUCCGCUCACACCAUCCCCACAGCCCUCACCUGCUACCCCGGGCAUGUCCCCCCUUCUUCGCCAUCAAAAUGGUCCUCCCCAGUCCUCCCCAGGAGGUACUUCCAGCUCUAGCAGUAAUCACGCAUCCACGUAUGUUGGAAGCAAUACCCCAAUUGCCAUCUCCAACUAUAAUGCACCUGAAGUGACUGAAGAAACCCCAAAAAAGGCACUCUACUUCCUCCACCUUAUGUUCGCUAUUGCAACCUCAAUCCAUCAUCAAACACACCCUGCUCAAAUUUCUGAAUCCUUCCGCGCAGCUGCCAUGCAGUAUCUUGAUACAGUUCUUGCCUCACCAAACCGUCUUGAAGCUCUGCAGGGUAUUCUUCUACUCGCACAGUAUUCAAUCAUGCGGCCAUCUGUCCCUGGUAUCUGGUACGUGCUUGGGUGGGCUCUGCGCCUAUGUGUCGAUCUCGGUCUUCACACUGAGGCCGGCUUCCGAUCCUCUGUAUUUGCCUCAAACUCCAAUGCUGGUGGUGGGCCCAGCUAUGACCCCUUCACUCUCGACAUGCGCCGGCGCUUGUUUUGGUGCACUUAUGCUAUUGAUCGCCAGGUAUGUGUUUACCUCGGCCGUCCUUUUGGCAUCCCUGAAGAAAGUAUCAAGGUCCCGUUCCCAUCUCAACUAGACGAUACACUCAUUGUCGAAGACGACUUUAGCGAUCUCAACGAUAUCCAAAGCGAUCACACUCGUAAGGCCCCCUCUUAUAAAAUCAUCUCUCUUAGUUUCUUCCGCAUCCGGAAAAUUCAAGCUGAGAUUCAACGCAUUUUAUAUGAUUGCGCCGCUCUCCCCAGAGAGUUUGAGACACUUGAACAGUGGCGUACGGUCAUGGGUCAACGGCUUGAGGCGUGGCAUUCAUCCUGUCCCAAGUCGGCUAAAAAGAUGAACUGCAACUUUAACCUUGCAUUUAUCGAACUCAACUACCAUCAAACACGGCUUCUGCUUUAUGGACCCACUCCAUCCGAUGCACCGCAACCCACAGAAGAUCACUUUGAAAUAAUUGCAGAUGCCGGUGAAAAGGUUAUUCAGCACUACAAAGUCCUGCACCGUCACCGCAGUAUCAACUAUACUUGGGUCGCAGUCCACAACCUUUUCAUGGCUGGUACAUCGUAUCUCUAUGCCCUUUACCAUUCACCAAAACUGCGUGAAAACACAACUAUUGAAGAAAUCAAUUAUAAUGCACACGCCUGUAUCGAAGUACUUUCAGCUCUUGUAGACCGCUGUGAUGCCGCUAUAUCAUGCCGUUCUACUUUUGAGCUACUCACAGCAGCCAUUAUUAAGCUUUGCACGCAGGAAAAAACAGCAACAGCAGCAACAUACUCUGAUAUCAAAAUUGAAGGUAAUAGUAUGGGAUACCCCCAGGCCCUUACUCCUAAAGGGUACAUGACUUAUAUUCCGUCUCAACAGCAGCAACCGCAACCGCAACAGCAUCAGCAACAGCAACAGCAUCAGCAACAGCAACAGCAACAACCACAACCGCAACCACAACCGCAACAGCAGAAGCAGCAACAGCAGCAGCAGCAGCAACAACAACAACCGCAAUUGCCAUCUGAAAUAGUACUUCAAAAAGAUCGGCAAUUUCAAGUUAAUCGGCAAAUGUCAGUUUCAUUUGACCAACCUUUAUCGGCGCCUCAACAGCAGUCCUUAUCUACAAUUCAAAAGCCAUUGUUGGUGAGCCAGUUUUCACAGCAACAGCAACAGCAACAAAUGCCACCACCAUCUUCGUUGCUCUCAGCUUCAAAUACAACACCGCAGCUUCGCUCCCAAUCUAUGGCAGGAAGUAAUAACAUCUCAUCAUACUCUUCUGAUGAGCCAUGGAUUGAUAACUUUGAUUUGGAACAAUUUUUCCUUGAGGCAGGUAUGCCCAUGAUAUUUAUGCCGGAUCAGCAGUCCGAAGGCUCGACUCCACUCGGAGUGUCUCAGCAACAACCUCAGCCGCAGCAGCAGCAACAACAGCAACAACAGCUACAGCAGCAACAACAACCUCAGCAAUCACUUGAGAAGCGGCGGCGGUCGUCUCUUGCUUCGUUUGCGAUCAAUAACAGUUCAAACCAGCUACGGCCUCAACUUCGUCAAACCAUACCUGUGUCAUCGCAAUCUCUUUCCCAACCCAUGCCCCGCCAGCAACAACAGCAACAAGUAUCUCCUCAGUAUCAACAAAAUCAGCAAACACAAUUUUCUGCUGUGGGAAACAACAACCCCAACUCCAGUGUAAGCUCAAUAAAUGCUGCGCCGUCACCCAUGAGCCAACAGCUGAGCCAGUACUUGGACGGUGUGGACGACUUUUUAGGUGCAAAUGGUCCUGGAGGCGGUGGUAGUGGCCCAAGGUUGUUUGACAUUAUUAAUGAGGUUCCCAUGGCUGCUAUCUGGGAUCAGUUUUUCGCUCCUAGUAAUAUGGGUGUCAUGAUGAAUCCUCAUGGUGAAUGGCAAUAA